CCACACUCUAUCUCUAUGAUCAGCGGCGAACGCGCUGGGUUGUGGUCUGUCCGGGCGUUUCCUAUCUCUGGAGGACCAGGAAGGCGGGGUUGAAAGUGAGCACAUCUCCACUCACUUUCUCUGGACGAAAAAGGAAUAACCUAAUUCCAAAUUUCUCUUAACAUUUCCAAGGUAAAGAACAGAACAGUAAGAACAAUCGGGAAAGAACUGAGUCAGAAGCAGGAAAAAAGACGUUGGAAAUCAAAGAAGACCAAAAAAGGGCGGCAGAGAAGUCCUGGAAUCAAAAUGACCGAAACAGGGGAGAGACCAUUUAAGUGCAUGGAAUGUGGAAAGAGCUUCAAUCAGAGUGGUAGUUUUAAUUUUCAUCAAAGGACUCACACAGGGGAGAAACCCUUUAAAUGCCUGGAAUGUGGGACGAGCUUCCGUCAGAAUGGAGAUCUACGUACACACCAAAGGAUCCACACAGGGGAGAAACCUUUUACGUGUGAGGAAUGUGGGAAGAGCUUCAGUCAGAGCAGUCACCUGAAUACACAUCAAAGAAUCCACACAGGGGAGAAACCAUAUAAAUGCAUGGAAUGUGGAAAGAGUUUCAGUUACAGUGGAUCAUAUAGAAACCAUCAAAGAAUCCAUACAGGGGAGAAACCAUUUAAGUGCAUGGAAUGUGGAAAGAGCUUCAAUCGGAGUGGACACUUAAAUUUGCACCAGAGGAUCCACACCGGUGAGAAACCCUAUAAGUGCAUGCAAUGUGGCAAGUGCUUCAGUUAUAGUGGAUCAUAUAGACACCAUCAAAGAAUCCACACAGGGGAGAAACCAUACAAAUGCAUGAAAUGUGGAAAGAGCUUCAACCACAGUGGAUCAUAUAGAAACCAUCAAAGAAUCCAUACAGGGGAGAAACCAUUUAAGUGCAAGGAAUGUGGAAAGAGCUUCAAUCGGAGCAGUAGCUUUAAUUUACAUCAAAGGAUUCACACAGGGGAGAAACCCUUUAAAUGCCUAGAAUGUGGGAUGAGCUUCCAUCAGAGUGGAGAGCUACAUAAACACCAAAGGAUCCACACAGGGGAGAAACCCUUUAAGUGUGAGGAAUGUGGGAAGAGCUUCCGUCACAGAAGCCACCUGAGCACACAUCAAAGAAUCCACACUGGGGAGAAACCAUAUAAAUGCAUGGAAUGUGGAAAGAGCUUCAAAUAUAGCAGUAAUUUUAGUUUACAUCAAAGAACUCACACCGGGGAGAAACCCUUUAAAUGCCUAGAAUGUGGGACGAGCUUCCAUGAGAGCGGAGGUCUACGUGCACACCAAAGGAUCCACACAGGGGAGAAACCCUUUAAGUGUGAGGAAUGUGGAAAGAGCUUCAGUCAGAGUGGUCAUCUGAAUACACAUCAAAGAAUCCACAGUCGAGAGAAGCCUUAUACGUGUUCAGAGUGUGGAAAAAGUUUUUCUUCCAGCUCGAGCUUUAGAAGACAUCAGGUAAACCAUGCAAAAGGAAAGCCCCAUAAAUGUUCUGACUGCGGGAAAGAAUUUGUGUGCAAGUCGCAUCUUAACUCCCACCAAAGAAUCCACACAGGGGAGAAGCCCUAUGUAUGUUUGGUGUGUGGGAAAAGCUUCCGUCAGAGCACGUAUCUUAAGUCUCAUCAGCAAAGUCACACAAGGGAGAAGCCCUAUAAAUGUUCAGUGUGCGGGAAAUGCUUCAGUCAAAGCAAAUACCUUAAGUCGCAUGAAAGGAUCCACACGGGGGAGAAGCCCUACGAAUGCUCGGAGUGCGGGAAGCAAUUCAGGUGCAAGACUGACCUGCGGCUGCACAGGAGAAUCCAUACUGGAGAGAAGCCCUACAAAUGUCCGGUAUGUGGAAAGAGCUUCAGUCGGAGUACGGUCCUUAAAAUCCAUCAGAGAAUUCACACUGCAAAGAAAACCUAUCUGUGCUUGAUAUGUCGAAGGCAGUUCAGUCAAGUCACGAGCCUUAUUUUACAUCAAAAGCAGCACACGGCGGAGAAGACCUACACAUGUCCUGACUGUGGGAAAAACUUCGGCUGGAGUUCAAACCUGAAGAGACACCAAAGGAUUCACACCGGCGAGAAGCCCUAUAAAUGCUCGGAGUGUGGGAAGCAAUUCAGGCGCAGUUCGGGCCUUAACUUGCACCAAAGGAUCCACACAGGGGAGAAGCCCUACCAAUGCUUGGUGUGCGGGAAAAGCUUCUCUCAGACAGCUUAUCUAAAGUCACACCAAAGAAUCCACACCGGACAAAGGCCGUACCAUUGCUCAGAGUGCGGGAAAAGUUUCAGCCAGAGUUCGCACAUCAACGCCCAUAAAAGAAUUCACACUGGGAUGAAGCCCUAUCAUUGCUCGGAGUGCGGGAAAAGUUUCAGCCAGAGCUCCUACUUCAAAGCCCAUCAAAGGAUCCAUACCGGGGAGAAGCCCUUCGAGUGUGCGGAAUGCGGGAAGAGCUUUGGCCAGAGCACCCACCUUAAAAGGCACCAGAAAAUCCACACAGGCGACAAGCCGCAUCACUGUUCCGUUUGUGGGAAUCAGUUCAGCCGGAGGUCAGCCCUGGAGUCGCAUCAAAGAAUCCACACGGGUGAGAAGCCCUAUAAAUGCGCCGAGUGCGGGAAAAGUUUCAGCCGUGGCACCGACCUUAAGUCGCACGAAAGGAUCCACACAGGGGAGAAGCCUUAUAAGUGCUUAGACUGCGGGAAAAGCUUCAGUCACAGUUCCCAUUUUAAUAUACACCAGAGAAUCCAUACAGGAGAGGAGCCGUAUAAAUGCGCCGAGUGUGGGAGGUGCUUUGGUCGGAGUUCCCACCUUAAAAGACACCAACAGAUUCACACUGGAGAGAAGCCCCAUGAAUGUCCCACCUGUGGAAAGCAUUUCACCCACCGGUCCGACCUUCAGCUGCACCAAAGAACCCAUACAGGCGAGAAGCCUUAUACGUGCUCAGUGUGUGGGAAGAGCUUCAGCCAGAGUACCCUUCUGAAGAGACACGAGAGAACCCACACGGGGGACAAGCCGCACAAGUGCCCCGAAUGUGGGAAGGGUUUCGGCGACAACAGAAUCCUUAAGGUGCAUCUAAGAAUACACACAGGAGAGAAGCCCUACAAAUGUUCUGAGUGCGGAAGGUGUUUCACUCAGAGUGCACCCCUCAAGAGGCAUCAGAGGAUCCACACGGGGGAGAAACCCUACAAAUGUGCCGAGUGCGGGAAGUGUUUUAGUCACAGCACGCCCCUGAAAAGACAUCAAAAAAUUCAUUUUAGGGAUGAGUGGAAUGUGGGGAGACCGUCUAUUAGCACAGAUUUCUUCAUUUUAGAAGAUCCAAUCCUGGGAGAGACUCUGUGAAAAUUUUACUUCAUUCAUAAGUCAACCUUAAGAAUCUUUAGAGACGUCACAAACAGGACUGAUCAGUUAUUAUGGAAGAGCACACGGACAUGCGGCUUUAACCUGUUGUUAUGUUCAUGUUUUUUUUGGUCGUUGAACUCAUUCCAGAGAGCACAUUUUUAAUCUCCUAUUUUGGUGCGAUUUUUGCAGUGGCUUUCAGUUAACGUGAUCUUGGCCACUUUGCUGUCAAUCAGUGUAUAAAGCUAUUCAUGAGAAAACAGGAGGAUGGAGCGUUUCCUUCAUCUCUCAUUGUAUUAGAACCCAACGUGCCCGUAGACGGAAGCUGAAUUAUGAGGAGUCCUUUGCAGUUAAAAGGAAGAGAUGUUGUGGAAUCCACUGCCUUCCUUUCUUUCUUCGUAUAUGAGCAUUGAACAAUUUAAAAUCAUAGAAAUGCAAUACAAAUAAUAUUCAAAAUAUUAAGAAAUAUUUAAAAAGCUAAAACGAUAAGACUAUUUUGACCAGAAGUUGGCUACUCAUCUUUUUUCCACACGGGGGCCUAACUUGCAUACCCAUAAGUAGUGUGUAGAUUGAAUUCCUGUACAGUCAGAGAGUCCCCUGGACUGCAAGGAGAUCAAACCUAUCCAUUCUGAAAGAAAUCAGCCCUGAGUACUCACUG